AUGCUCCAGGUGCUACUAGCGCUGGUCGAUCGAGUCAUCUCACCUGACCAGUAUGGCACACUGCUCGCAGGGGUGAUCGUGCUCGCACUUGUGCAUAGCUGGGCCAAGGGGCCCUCUUUACUAGGUCGUGAAGAGCGUCUCGAGGCGUACCAAUUGCGUGCGCGUGACAAAGAUUCUAAGGCCAUUGUGACAGCCGGUUUGAAUGAAAUGGCAGGUCGCGUCGUUCUCGUCGCAACUGGCGGCAUGACACCCAUGGGGCUUGUCGUGAUCGCGAUGCUUGCGCAGCAAGGUGCUCACAUUGUUGUGCUUGUACCUGAUUUAAGUUCCCUCGACGUCAUACAAAUGGUUGACCUGCUCCGAGAAAGCAGUAGAAACGAGAAUAUUUUUGCCGAAUCGUGUGACAUGGGUGAUAUGGCGUCUAUAUCUGAGUUUUCGAAACGCUGGUUUACGGGAAAGAUGGUCCAAGUACACCCUGAAGGCACAUCUACUGCCGCAUCUGCUGUUCACUUGCCGGGCAUUCCGACAACCGAGGCACACAGGCUUGAUACCGUCUUGUUCUUGCCGAUGCCCGAGGGAUCUACCCCUAUGGGCUCGAGUCCAGACCAGUCGUACUUAUAUAAUGUGCUGGGUCCUUUUCACCUGGUUGAAUCACUUCUUCCAAGUCUUCAGCAGCAGCCUUUAUCACGAGAUGUACGGAUUGUGAGUGCAAUUAGUCCUUGGUAUGCCGCGGGCAUGGCUCGCUUUGACUCAGUCAUGAAGACUAAUUCACGAGCCGUCUUCGAACCUUGGACGUUCACUGGUGCAUCAUCAUUGCAUUGGAUUAUUCUUGCCAAGGAAUGGCAGCGUCGCUUCGACAUGAUCGCAAGCGCUGACCAACGACCACGCACGCGUGUCCCAGGGAUGGAUGCAGAGGAAGAUUCAGCACCUGUAUCAGCACGGCGAAGCCACAUCUCCUCUGUGCUUUACAUGCGCUAG